AUGUCAGCUCCUCUCAUCGGACUUGGGCAGGUCUUCACUGGAGCUCCACUCUCCUCCGAAAAUGCCAACGCUGAAACGCUUCUCCAGAGCGUUCAGAAUGGUCUGACCGGCGGCCAAGGCACAACUGAAUACUUUAACCGCAUCAACAACAUGGCAAAGGUCUACCAGCAGCUCAAGGACAACGGCCGCAAGGCCUGGAUUCAGGGCACCGACGCCAACAAUCUUCCUGUCUUCUACGUUGAGAGCGCUGAUAACGUAACUGGUAAGGUCUUCUUCAACAAGAUCAGCGUGAACGGCCUCGACUUUGAUGACAACGGUAACGUCAAAGUCAACGGUACGACGACCGUUAUAAAUGGCGUGACGUACCACGGUAUUGGCGUUGUGACUAACACGGCUGGAUGGAGCGACUAUAACUUUUCUACUACCUCCUGGUGGCUCGGCGUUGGCAUCCUUGGAGUCUUUGCCUUGAAGGACAUCUUCCCCGAUCUUUUCGGCACUAUCCAAGCUGUGGCGAAUGUUCAGGCGGAUGUCAUCCAGAAUAUAGCAGACAACCCAGAGGCUGCUGAGGGAGGAUUCGAGGAGCAGGCAGCAGAGGAGGAAGAGAACUCGAUCGGGAACGAAAGCAUCAGCACCGAAGCUAGCGAAGGUGUCGCCAUUGCAGAAGCUGAGGAAGCAGGUGCUGCAGAAGUGGGUGGGGUUUUCCUCGAAGCGGGCAUUGUUCUCGCCAUCGUCUUCGUGGUUCUAUCAUUUGUUUUGCAUAACACUUUCCAGUACGUGAGAGUCUGGAACUUGACCCGGUACAAGCUUGUCUGGGUGAUCAAGUUCGACCAGAGCCAGAUCACGGACGAGGGCCAGCUCGUCAUUGGUCCUGUUACUUUCAACUCGGACAAUAGUAUCAAGGACUAUCAGCCAAUUCUUCCCUUGAACAGUACUCCCGCUCCUCCUGGUGUCAAGCCUCCACCCACUGCUCAAUUUGCAGACAUGAACAUCAACUCCAGCAGUCAGUUUGCUGGCAUUGGGUAUGUUCUCCAAUACCAGCUCCAGGAUCCAGCAUCUGGCCAGACUGUAUACACCGGUACCGCCUAUUUCGACCUUCCAUUUGGUGCUGACAACUCGACCAACGUGACCUUUGAUCAGGUUUCGAAUCUACAGAGAUGGUAUAACGAUAAUUCUGGCAACAACAAGCAUACACUUGCCAGCACCACAACCCCUGAUGGAAAGGUCACCUUCUUCACCACUUUUGACUACCUGAGUGGCAAACACACUGUGCCUCAGGUACCCAAGGGCUCCCCGACUAGCCAGUACUACUACCAGUCUCUCGUUGCAUUUGUUGAGAACGAUCUUCCGUCGGCUUUGCAGACUGUACCAAAGGCUCUCCCAACCAAUUUGUUCCAGGCGAGCCCGCUUAACGGAGUCCAUCCCAAGAUCAGACGACGUGUGUUUGGCAGACGCGGAGGGACUCCCAAAGCUAAGAAGGCCUAG